CGGCUGGUCGUCUCCCACCGUCAGCCACCAUGAAACCCAGAAUCGAGAUUUAGAUUUCCGAGGAGAGACAGAGAGGUAGAGAGCGAGGGGGAAUCAUCAGGUGCGGACUUCGUCGGGGUCUUACCAUGGACUCGCGUCACGCAUCUCUUGGUCGCCGGACUUUGGAGGAGAUUCGUCAGAAGAGAGCGGCUGAGAGGUUGAGCAAAGCUUCUUCGGGACCGGAUCUUAGCAAAAUUCCCAUUGCCGCCGACGUUGCAGAAAUUAGAAAAUCCGAGAGCGUGAAUCGACUCUCUGAGACAGAUGUGGGUGCUGUGUAUGCCCAAUUGAAAGAACUUCAGAAGAAGAAUGCCCAAAUGGAUGAAAGCAACAAAAUAUUGUCCUUGAAGCUGCAAACAAAGGAAGUUGAGAAUGACACACUUCAAGCUCGGUUGAGUGAGUUGGAACAAAACACUGUGCCAUCUCUAAGAAAAGCCCUCAAGGAAGUUGCAAUGGAAAAAGAUGCUGCUGUUGUUUUACGAGAGGAUUUUUCAGCGCAAGUUCGGACUCUCAAGAGACGUCUUAAGGAGGCAGAGGAGGAACAGUAUCGAGCUGAGGAAGAUGCAGCAUCUCUGAGAGCAGAGCUUAACUCGAUACAGCAGCAAGGGAUGAGUGUUUCACUGGGUGGAGUGUCGGCUGUGGGAAUUCCACCCGAUCAAAUACAAUCCUUAGAGAAGGAGUUGGCCAACCUAAAAUCGGAGUUACAGAAUGAAACAAGGUUGAGGCGGCAAGAACAACAGCAAUUAGCUGAAGAACAAUCCCGAGUUGCUUCACUAAUGUCUGAAAAGCACAAAAUGGAACAGAAAAUUGCAGCGAUGUCAUCCAAAAGUGCUCCAGAGUUAACAGAACAAUCGGGUCAAAAAGUGUUUUCAGUGGAAGACAAAGAAAAACUCGAGAGACAGUUACAUGAUAUGGCUGUUGCACUCGAGAGAUUGGAGAAUAGUAGGCAAAAGCUUUUAACAGAGAUUGACAACCAAUCCUCUGAAAUAGAGAGGCUAUUUGAGGAGAACUCUAACCUCUCAGCUUCAUAUCAAGAAUCAAUCAACACAUCAAAGCAGUGGGAGAAUCAGGUUAAAGAAUGUCUUAAGCAUAACGAAGAGCUCCGAGGAGUUCUGGACAAACUAAGAACAGAAAAUGUUCCACGAGGGUCACCCGAAGUUGGGGCUGAUGUGUCACAUGGAACUGAGUUUCUUCUAUCCCUCAAGGGCGAACUUGCCAAAGAACAAAGCAGAGCAGAAGCGCUUUCCGCCCAAGUUCUUCAGCUCUCAGCUCAACUCCAACGAACAUCACAAGCUUUCAACGGGCUUGUCCGCUCUUAUAAACCCGUGCUUAGAAACAUCGAGAGCAGCCUAGUCAAGCUGAAGCAAGACGGAUCAGUGACCGUUAAAUGAACCAUAAAGCAUUCACUUUCCCCUCUAUGGAAUUUCGGACAAAAGCAAAGAAAAGUCCGUCCUAUCUGUAAGAGCGUUUAACCCAUUUCUUGUCUAUUGAAAGUUUAUACGAUCUGACAAUGAUUCUCCAACAGACUUCGGUGGUAUAAUGUCUAUUCUACAAGUAAAUUUAUAAAAAAUGAUUUUUUCCUA